AUAUGCAACUAUUCUUAGCCCUGGAAUGUAUACACUGUCUCCCUGCCCAGCAGUCCUUGCACAAAGCUCUAGAAAACUAUGAAAGUGCCUUCAGCAUAAACAAAUCCAGAAAUCUCCCAGGACAAAUCAUUUGCCAACUGGAAGAAAGGCCUGGGGUUUAUGGUUUCCCUCGGAGCUAGAGGUAGAAACUCUCCGGGGGGAUAAGCCAGACCAGGCACCAGUGGAUGUCACCGAGGCAAAACAAGGAUGGACAAGGAGUCACCAGAUGGGCUGCUCUUCAAAGACCAGGACUUCUCUUCUGACUUGUUGAGGCAGCUCAACUGCUUAAGGCAAAGUAGGAUCCUGACUGAUGUGAGCAUCUGUGCCGGUGCCCAGGAGAUCCCCUGCCACCGUAACGUGCUGGCCUCUAGCAGCCCCUACUUCAGGGCUAUGUUCUGCAGCAGCUUCCGGGAGAAGAGUGAAGCCAAAGUGCAGCUGAAAGGCAUUGACCCCCCAACCCUGGACCAGAUCAUCUCCUACGUGUACACGGGGGAGGCACGUAUCGCCGCUGACAAUGUCCUCCCCGUGAUGGAGGCCGCCUCCAUGCUACAGUUCCCCAAGCUGUUUGAGGCCUGCUCCUCAUACUUGCAGAGCCAGCUGGCCCCCAGCAACUGCCUGGGCAUGAUCAGACUCUCAGAAGUCUUAAGCUGCGAGACCCUCAAGAAGAAAGCCAGGGAGGUGGCACUGACAUCCUUCCCAGAGGUGGCCGCGUCAGCCGACCUGAAGGAGCUCUGUGCCUUGGAGUUGAGGGACUAUCUCGGAGAUGAUGGGCUCUGUGGGGAGGAGGAAAAGGUGUUUGAGGCCCUCAUGGUUUGGAUCAAGCAUGACCUCCAGGCCCGGAAGCGAUACAUACAGGAACUGUUCAAGCAGGUCAGGCUGCAGUACAUCCACCCGGCCUUCUUCCACCAUUUCAUCGCCAACGAUGCCCUCCUGCAGUCCUCACCUGCAUGCCAGAUCAUCUUGGAGACCGCCAAGAGACAGAUGUUCUCUUUGUGUGGCACCAGCGCCCCAGACUGCAAACUCCUAUUGCAUGUCCCUCCAAGAAAUUCUUACCAAGAUUUCCUCAUCCUCUUGGGUGGAAGGAAGGACAGCCAGCAGACCACCAGGGACGUCCUACUGUACAGCAAACAGACCGGCCAAUGGCAGAGCCUUGCCAAACUCCCGACACGGCUGUACAAGGCCUCUGCCGUCACCUUGCACCGCAGCGUCUAUGUGUUGGGGGGCAUGGCUGUCAGCUCAGGGAGGAGCCUGGUCAGUCACAAUGUCUACAUCUUCUCCCUGAAACUCAAUCAGUGGAGGCUGGGGGAGCCCAUGCUGGUGGCCCGCUACUCCCACAGAAGCACUGCCUAUAAGAACUUCAUCUUCUCCAUCGGGGGGAUUGGAGAAGGGCAGGAGCUCAUGGGCUCCAUGGAAAGGUAUGACAGCAUCUGCAAUGUCUGGGAGAGUAUGGCCAGCAUGCCCGUGGGGGUGCUCCAUCCCGCAGUCGCCGUGAAAGACCAAAGACUCUAUCUCUUUGGAGGAGAGGACAUCAUGCAGAACCCUGUGCGCCUUAUCCAGGUUUAUCACAUUUCCAGAAACUCGUGGUUCAAAAUGGAGACAAGAAUGAUCAAGAACGUGUGUGCCCCUGCUGUGGUGCUUGGGGAGCGGAUUGUCAUUGUGGGAGGUUACACAAGGAGGAUUCUUGCUUAUGACCCUCAAUCCAACAAAUUUGUCAAAUGUGCGGACAUGAAAGACCGGAGGAUGCACCAUGGGGCCACGGUGAUGGGAAACAAACUCUACGUGACGGGCGGGCGGCGGCUGACCACGGACUGCAACAUUGAGGACUCCUCCUCCUUCGAUUGCUACGACCCCGAGACGGACACCUGGACAUCCCAGGGACAGCUGCCCCACAAGCUCUUUGACCACGCCUGCCUCACUCUCCAGUGCAUACCCCGCACAUCUGCCCUCCCAUGAGGUCGACAAGAAACCUUCUGCCCUAGUCAAAAUGCUUUCUGUUGCCAGGGACACAAACCCAGCUCCAAAGGGCUUAACCCUUAAAGGCUGCAGGGAGAGCUCACAAGACUGAGGUACCAGAGUCGGGAGGCCUGGAACUAGGCAUUGCAUUGCCAGAACUCUCUCUCUCCUUCUCUGCCUCUCUUUUUAUCUCUCUCCCCCACCUCCAUCUGUCUCUGUCUCUCCCCUUUCUUUAUUUCUCUCUCUCCCUUAUCUCUGUCUGUCUCUGUCUCUCUCUCUCUCUCUUUUUUUUUUUUUUUUUUUUUUUUUGAGAUGGAGUUUCGCUCUGUAGCCCAGCCUGGAGUGCAGUGGUGCUAUCUCGGCUCACUGAAACCCCCACCUCCCAGGUUCAAGCGAUUCUCACGCCUCAGCCUCCUGAGUAGCUGGGAUUAUAGGCAUGUGCCACCAAGUCCAGCUAAUUUUUGCGUUUUAGUAAAGACAGGGUUUCGCUAUGUUGGCCAGGCUGGUCACGAACUCCUGGUCUCAAGUGAUCCACCGGCCUCAGCCUCCCAAAUGCUGAGAUUACAGGCGUAAGCCACCACGCCUGGCCUGUCUCCUUUCUGUCUCAGUUUCUGUCUCUCUCUCUGAGUCUGUCUGUCUCCCCCUCUCUGCUUCUCUCUCUUCUCUGUCUCUCUGCCUCUCUCUGCCCCCUCUCUCUUUCUCUCUCAGUCUCCCCUCUCUCUUCCUCUCUCUCCUCCCUAGCUUUUCCUCUCUCUCUAGCAAUCUUCUUCAUUUACCCACACAGUGUGUGGACAAUGACAAAUGAUAAACCCAGACUCAUUUUCCAGCUUUAUAUCUUCAGGAGAGAACUUUGCCAUUAUCCAUAUAUUAAACCUAAAAAACAAUGUUUAUGGCCCUUUUUUGAAUUCCAUGUCUACCUCUUGAGCCAAUCACUGUUGCCAGGACUGGCUAGUCCUGGACCACAUCCCCACAGACAGAGGUGGGGUUACCUGUUGUCACUGACAGCCCAUCCAAACUACAUAUAAUGGGUUAGAAGCAUUUCCCCAAAGAGAGAAAUCCAGACGAAAACCACAUCUGCCCAGGACACCACUGAAAUCCGGAACAAGAGGGCUGAGAGACCCCAGAGGAUUCCUGGAACUGCUUGGUCCAGGUGGCAGCGUGAGAAAUUGGCCCUGACCUUGUUUUUCUGCAUUCUAUGGACGUAGUACAUUGAAAUUCCAGACACGUAUGCACAAUUCAGUAUCUAAUGUUUGUAAAAUUAUCCUGCACUGCCAGAAUAAAGUUUGUUUCUGGUGCCAAA